AUGCUCUGGCUGCAUUUCGACGUAUUGGCUAACGUCCUCUGCCAAAUCCGCGGAACGAAAACGCUGCGGCUGUAUUCACCAAGCGAUGCUAUGCAUCUGGAGUUUCCUCCAGGAGGCUCAAGCUCAAACAUUGACGUCUUCACGCACGACCAUCCGCCUCUCGCUUUAACGCAUCCGCACGAAGUCUUGCUUAGCCCCGGAGAUGUCCUCUUCAUACCUCCAAUGUGGUCCCAUACAGCGCGGCCAACGGCUGGGAUGAGUGUUGCUGUCAACGUCUUCUUCCGGAAUCUUGAGCAGAAGCAUUACGCGAUCGGUCGAGACGUGUAUGGAAACCGGGACUUGCAGGCAUAUGAAAGCGGGAGGAAGGACAUCGAAAAAAUGGCCAAGGCUUUUGAGGGGAUGCCGACUGAGAUUGCGAAGUUCUAUCUGGAGCGGCUGGCCGCGGAGUUGAAGGGCAAGGCCCAGGGGUUUGGGUCAGAAUAG